AUGCUGAGACUGUCCUUUCUCUACCAGUCCUCCCCAAUUGAAGACACGUUCCAGAACAGUCUGCGAAGUAAUCUCCUGACUCUCUUCGAAGAACGUUUCCUGCUCCUCACUGAUGCUGCUUACCUCUAUCUCAUUGACCAGGAUCUGACUCGCAGCGAGCCGAAGUGGGAUGAAUACAAGAAGGAGGUGUUACGGGUCUUUAAGAGCCUGCCUACGCGGCCAACCCUUGUUGACAUUACUCCCGAUCUGGCCGAUCUUCCAAUUCAUGUUGAUAUCUCCAAUCGGUCUCGAGACAUUUGGCUUCGUUGA